CUGAAGAUGAAUGAAAUUCAAAGCGUUUUAGAAGUCUCGAAUUUGACGGAAAAAAGUAUAACUGAUACUUCGGAGCAACCCAAUGGAAUACAACUAAAUGUAGAAGAUGAAAACAAAGCCACUGAAAAGUCAAGUAAUGAUAAUGGUGAUAAGACAGAACCCGAUGUUUUACCCAACAAAGAUGAACAAUCCAUUGCACUUGGGUCCGAAAUUUCUGCACCUGGAAAAAGUUUUUCGCACGAAAAAGACGGCAAAGCUUCUGGUAGUUCUGAUCCUCCCAAGGACUUAGAUGAUGAUCUGAAGAUGAAUGAAAUUCAAAGCGUUUUAGAAGUCUCGAAUUUGACGGAAACAAGUAUAACUGAUACUUCGGAGCAACCCAAUGGAAUACAACUAAAUGUAGAAGAUGAAAACAAAGCCACUGAAAAGUCAAGUAAUGAUAAUGGUGAUAAGACAGAACCCGAUGUUUUACCCAACAAAGAUGAACAAUCCAUUGCACUUGGGUCCGAAAUUUCUGCACCUGGAAAAAGUUUUUCGCACGAAAAAGACGGCAAAGCUUCUGGUAGUUCUGAUCCUCCCAAGGACUUAGAUGAUGAUCUGAAGAUGAAUGAAAUUCAAAGCGUUUUAGAAGUCUCGAAUUUGACGGAAACAAGUAUAACUGAUACUUCGGAGCAACCCAAUGGAAUACAACUGAAUUUAGAAGAUGAAAACAAAGCCACCGAAAAGUCAAGUAAUGAUAAUGGUGAUAAGACAGAACCCGAUGUUUUACCCAACAAAGAUGAACAAUCCAUUGUACUUGGGUCCGAAAUUUCUGAACCUGGAAAAAGUUUUUCGCACGAAAAAGACGGCAAAGCUUCUGGUAGUUCUGAUCCUCCCAAGGACUUAGAUGAUGAUCUGCAGAUGAAUGAAAUUCAAUGCGUUUCAGAAGUCUCGAAUUUGACGGAAAAAAGUAUAACUGAUACUUUGGAGCAACCCAAUGGAAUACAACUAAAUGUAGAAGAUGAAAACAAAGCCAUCGAAAAGUCAAUUAAUUAUAAUGGUGAUAAGACAGAACCCGAUGCUUUACCCAACAAAGAUGUACAAUCCAUUGUACUUGGUUCCGAAUUCUCUGAACCCGGAUCAAGUUAUUGGAAAGAAAAAGACGGCAAAGUUCUUGGUAGUUCUACUCCUCCCAAGGACUUAGAUGAUAAUAUGAAGAGCAAUGAAAUUCAAAGCGUCAUGGAAGUCUCGAACUUGACGGAUGGAAGUAUAACUGAUAUAGUUGAUAAUUUGCAAGAUGACGAUAAUGGCAGUGCUGUUAUAUUGGACAAAAGCAGCAAGUCUGUUCAAUAUAGACCGGAUGUAAAUACUGGUUUAAUACUAAAUGAAUCUAAUGAUGUGGUUGGUUCAGUUGGGGAUCCAGGAAUAUUGUUAUUAUCAGACGCUUCAUAUCAUGCUGCAGAAGUCGUAUCAACCCAAGAGCAAGUAAACAACACUCCACUAAAAGAGAUUCAAUCUAAUACUGAGAUAGAACUGUUUGGCAACAAGCAAAACGAAACAAUAGAAGAGCCUUGUAUUAAAAAAAAUUCGUAUAUAAAUACGAAUGAAUGCGAAACGAAAAAUCAAUUUUCAUCAGAUGAGCUCGAUAAGACGGAAAGAGAAACAUAUGAAACUAUUGGCUUAGAGACAAUGUCAGGGAUAAAACUAGACAAGGUAACACCUAAGUCAUCCAGAGCGAACGACGCUGUUGAACAAAUUUCAAAUCAAUUAGUUUUGAGCUCUCAUGAUGAGCCAGUAAUACGGACUAUAGGUUCUUUGCAAGAACAAGUCAGCGAUGACCUUGAAGAAGGUGAGAUUAUUGUGUACAAUCAGUUGCAACGAAAUGAAACGAGAGAAAGUUCUGCCCAAAGUGACUCUGUGGUUUUCGGUGAUGUUAAGUCAGAAAUAUUCCAAAUUAAAGAUUGUAACAGCGAAGAAGAAUCUGCAAGGGCACCGCUUAUACGCCAUUACACAAUCGCUGGAGACAAUGCCCGAAGCAUUUUUAGGUCUGUCACCCGUGAAGAUACGAUUAAUGAUAUAGAAAUUGGUACCAAAGAUCUUAUGACGGCUUCUAGCAUCAUCAGCACUAACAGUUUAUUUUUAGACGACGAGAUUUCGGAAAACAUUCGCAAGAAAAUUAUGGCCUUUUCGCUAUCUGAAACGGAUUCAGACUGCAUUGACCCAAGAAAUAUUAACAAAGAGAACUUUGAUAUAGACACGGCUAUGGCUAUGGAUACUUUGGGCACAUCUACUGAAACUGAAUCUACAAUUGUAUCGGCGGCCACGAAAAUACAAGCGGGAGCUCGUGGGUUUCUUACCAGGCGACGAAUGCGACGCGCUAGUGCUGGUACUAAGUCCUCAACGCAAGAGACAAAGGCAUCCUUUGGAAACGCUGCAAUAAGCGAAUCGUUUGAACGACUCAUUGAGGAAGAAGCUGCGAAAAAAAUACAAUCCGCAUAUCGUAUACACACAAGAAAACGUAAAGGACACAAUCGAAAAAUGGAAGGUAUUAGUUUAGAAAGCAAUUUAGCCGCCAGGCGUCAAAAAUUGCAGCGCGGAGACGCGCUUCGAAAUGACUCAACGCCUGAAGAUGAUAACAUUUCUCUUACCAAUGGUGGACAUACACAAAAACAUUCAAAGUCACAACGAAACAAAGAAAAGGGUGAUGGAGUCAAAUUUAAAACUGACAUGGAACUGAAAUGGUUGACAUUAAGGCAGAACUCAAUGCCAGUACAAAUUGAUUGCAAUAUUUUAAGAGUUAUUCCAAAGCACCAAAAAAAACGUAUAAAGAGCGCAGAGUAUAAGAAAAUAACAUUUAAAUAGCGUUACCCAUAUUUAUGCUUAACUAUGUUAAA